UCUGGGCUGGCGUGAUGUGGCACCCCGUCCCUCAGGCUCGAAAUGUUAACACGGGUGAGCUAGCAGCAAUUAAAGUAAUAAAGCUAGAACCAGGAGAAGAUUUUGCUGUUGUGCAGCAGGAAAUCAUUAUGAUGAAAGACUGUAAACAUCCAAACAUCGUUGCUUAUUUUGGCAGCUAUCUCAGACGAGACAAGCUAUGGAUUUGCAUGGAGUUUUGUGGAGGUGGCUCUCUACAGGACAUUUAUCAUGUGACUGGACCACUUUCAGAACAGCAGAUUGCCUAUGUUAGCAGAGAAACACUACAGGGACUAUAUUAUCUUCACAGUAAAGGAAAAAUGCACAGAGACAUUAAGGGAGCAAACAUUCUUUUAACGGAUAACGGCCAUGUAAAAUUAGCUGAUUUUGGAGUAUCUGCACAGAUAACAGCUACAAUUGCCAAAAGGAAAUCUUUCAUUGGCACCCCAUACUGGAUGGCACCAGAAGUUGCUGCAGUGGAAAGAAAAGGUGGCUAUAACCAACUGUGUGAUCUUUGGGCCGUUGGAAUAACUGCUAUAGAACUUGCCGAGCUUCAGCCUCCGAUGUUUGACUUGCAUCCAAUGAGGGCACUCUUUCUGAUGACAAAAAGCAACUUCCAGCCUCCUAAGCUAAAGGACAAAAUGAAAUGGUCCAAUAGUUUCCAUCAUUUUGUGAAAAUGGCACUUACAAAGAAUCCUAAAAAAAGACCUACAGCUGAAAAAUUAUUACAGCAUCCUUUUGUUACCCAGCCAUUAAAUCGAAGUCUUGCUAUUGAACUUCUGGAUAAAAUGAACAAUCCUGAUCAUUCCACUUACCAUGAUUUUGAUGAUGAUGAUCCUGAGCCCCUUGUAGUGCCUCAUAGAAUUCAUUCAACAAGUAGAAAUGUGAGAGAAGAAAAAACACGUUCUGAAAUAAACUUUGGUCAAGUAAAAUUUGAUCCACCCUUGCGGAAGGAGACAGAGCCGCAUCACGAAUUUCCUGACAGUAGCGAUUUUUUGGACAAUUCGGAAGAAAUAUACUACACUGCAAGAUCUAACCUGGAUCUGCAGCUAGAAUAUGGUCAUGGUCCUCAGGGUGGCUACUUCUUGGGUGCAAAUAAGAGUCUCUUAAAAUCAGUUGAAGAAGAACUGCAUCAGCGGGGACAUGUGGCACAUUUAGAAGAUGAUGAUGAUGCAGACGAUGAUGCUAAACAUGCCACUAUGAAACCUAAAGUGCCACCUCCUUUACCACCAAAGCCUAAAUCCAUCUUUAUCCCUCAAGAAAUUCAUUCUUCUGAAAAUGAUAAUCAAGGGACAAUCAAGAGAUGCCCGACAUCAGAGAGUCCAGGGAAAUCUGCAUCUCAGGUUCCACCCAGACCACCACCUCCUCGGUUACCUCCGCAGAAAUCUAACGUCUUAGGUAACGGGGUCACUUCUGUACAGUUAAAUGGUGAAAGAGAGGGAUCACCGCAUCAACCGAAUGAAGUUAGAGACACUAAUUUUUCAAGGAAAGAGAAGAAGGAAAUACUGAAACCAAUUAGUAAUGGCCUUCCUCCCACACCUAAAGUACACAUGGGUGCUUGUUUUUCAAAGGUUUUCAAUGGCUGUCCCUUAAAAAUUCAUUGUGCAACAUCAUGGAUAAAUCCAGAUACAAGAGAUCAGUACUUGAUAUUUGGUGCAGAAGAAGGUAUUUACACACUGAACCUCAAUGAACUUCAUGAAACAUCAAUGGAGCAGCUAUUUCCUCGAAGGUGUACAUGGUUAUAUGUCAUGAAUAAUUGUUUGUUAUCAAUAUCUGGUAAAGCUUCUCAGCUUUAUUCCCAUAAUUUACCAGGGCUCUUUGAUUAUGCAAGGCAAAUGCAAAAGUUACCCGUUGCUAUUCCAGCACACAAACUCCCUGACAGAAUACUUCCCAGGAAAUUUGCAGUGUCUACAAAAAUUCCUGACACUAAGUGGUGUCAGAAGUGUUGUGUUGUGAGGAAUCCAUACACGGGUCACAAGUACCUUUGUGGAGCACUACAGUCUAGCAUUGUGUUGUUGGAAUGGGUUGAACCAAUGCAAAAAUUUAUGUUAAUCAAGCACAUAGAUUUUCCUGUACCUUGUCCGCUGAGGUUGUUUGAAAUGCUGGUAGUCCCCGAGCAGGAAUUCCCUUUAGUUUGUGUUGGUGUCAGUAGAGGGAGAGACUUCAACCAAGUGGUGAAGUUUGAGACUGUCAACCCAAAUUCUACCUCUUCAUGGUUUACAGAAACAGACACUACAGAGACAAGUGUUGUACAUGUAACACAGCUGGAGAGAGAUACCAUUUUGGUGUGUUUGGAUUGCUGCAUAAAAAUCGUGAAUCUACAAGGCAGGUUAAAAUCCAGCCGAAAACUGUCAUCGGAGCUCACAUUUGAUUUUCAAAUUGAAUCGAUAGUCUGUCUACAAGACAGUGUGUUAGCCUUCUGGAAACAUGGAAUGCAAGGAAGGAGUUUUAGAUCUAAUGAGAUCACACAAGAAAUUUCUGAUAAUACAAGGAUAUUCCGGCUUCUGGGAUCUGACAGGGUCGUGGUGCUGGAGAGUAGGCCAACAGAUAACCCAACAGCCAACAGCAAUUUAUAUAUCCUGGCAGGGCACGAGAACAGUUACUGAGAACAGUGCAUGGCAACUCACCAUGACAAGAUAACACUCCUGCUGCAGCGUUCAUGGCAGGCUGAAAAUGCACAAAAGUGGCAGUAACCUGACUUCAGUUACUUUAUAAUUUAUUGUGGCAUGAGUGGAAGAUGAGAAUUGUUUGUGGUAUGGACACAUUAGCAUUAAGAUACCACGGAAGUGCUUAAUUUACUGUUAUGUAAUCUUUGUACAUAUGCAGUAUUUUUCAGCGAAACUUCUUGCUGAAGACCUACACUGACCUUAUGUAGAUAGUGGUCCUCCUGUUAAGUACAAGUGUCUUACCUGUACAGAUGUAAAAGUCACUGAGGACGCAAAAAUGAAACCGGGGUACUAUUUUAAGGACUUCUCGUGUGUUUAUUAUAAAGUGGGAUGCUAGCAGCAAAUAUAGUACAUUUAACAACACUAUUGUAUUUUAUUAUAUGUAAUUUACUAAUACAAAUAAAUCUUAACUUUUAGAAAUUGUAACCAAGGCUGUAAUCAGAUUACAAUCUUGUUUUUAAUUUUGAUGCAACACACUGGUGUUCAUGUUUGCACAACGUAUUGAGAUGUGAUGUAUUUAGUCACAAAGGUAAGCUGUGACUUUGUGGAUAUGACUUGGGCUUCAGAGUUCCUUUUUUUUAGUUUACUUGGGUAGCUUUCUUUGUGAAACAAACCAGUUAAACACCUGUAUUUUUAUAUUUAAUUAAAACUCUCUUUACGAUUAUUUCUCUAUGCUUGAAAACAAUACUUCCUGGAUGGGUGUCAGUCCCAGAAUAGUGGUACCUUGCUGUAACACUGCAAUAGGUGUUUGAAUUACUAGUGUAAACAAAUGGUUAAAAGUUAGUAUUACUGUUUGUCUUACUAAGUAGCUUCAUAUCACAAUGAAAAGCAGCAACAUUCCACAUUGUGGAAAUGGCUCAAAGAUCUUGUCAUUUUUGACUUUUUUUGGCCUUAACCAUUUUCACUUUUCUUGAUUUAGGGUGUUAACACACGGCCAAAAUAAUUUAGUUACUACCUCAUUCAAACAAUACAAUGGUUACUACGCAUCACAGGAACUUAGUUUUGAUCAGAAGUAUUUUUGAUUGCUAUUUUCCAAUGGAGUAUGUAAAUGCCAAGUUUUAGCAAAAUGCACACAUUUGACUCCUUUUUUUUGUAUAUGUUCUUUAUAUUUUAUUGUGAUAAUAUACACUAAAAACAAACUAAAUUUAAGGUGAUUUAUGGCCUGCAUUAUUGUUGUGAUUGGUAAUGCUUUGGAAUAUGUUCCCUAAUGUAUAUAAUGUAAAAUAAACUUUUUUUAACACGUUGUUGUACAAGUAGAUUACCACCUGCACUAAUUUCCACAUAAGACUACCAUGUGCUGAUGGAAUAUACCACAUUUUGAAUUCUCCUAUUAAACGUUUAUGUGCCAAACAGAGAAGUUGGGCAUUCUGAAUGUAUGGAUGGUCAGACUGCUGGGGCUCAACUGAAUUUUGGCUUGUGCUAGCACUUGAGGGUGGGUAUUACUACCCUUUGGGCCUUUAAGCACCAGAUAUAUACGCUUUAGACUUCAGAAUUUGUCUUGCCAAAUUUCAACUCACUUGUUUCAAUUCUUCCUUUCUGUCUCUUGGCCCCUCCCUCCAUCGCCUAGUUUUCCAAGUUCAUUGGCUGCAAAAGUUGUGGCUGCAAUUCUUUUGGUUGGUUGGUUGGUUGGUUUUUCUUCCUUCCAGCAGGGCUUUUUCUGCCUACAGGAUUCAGGGCUAGCGGAGGCAACACGCCUAUCUCCUCUCUUCCUUUGUACUGAACCUCAGAGCAGCCCCGUGGGAGAGAUGGGAA